AUGGACAUUCAGUGAAUGGAGAAUUAUGACAGAUGGCGAUUAGUAUAAAUAAAUUCUAAUUUAUGAGGUUCUUCGAGAGAAAAUCACAUAUAUUAAAUGAUCAUUCGAAUAGAGAACCGAAACCAAGUAAUUCCGAAGAAAAUCAUGAUGCCCAGCAAAAUAUCCCAAAUAUUAAUCGUAUAGUAAUCCGUGAACUGGAGCAACGAAGCCCACAACGAGGCUCAUCACGAAGCACAUCACGAAGCACAUCACGAAGCUCAUCACCAGGUCAACCUCCAAGCGAGGUACAAAGCUCAUCGCCAGGCCAACCACCAAGAAAAAUAACAAGCUCAUCACGAGCUGGACCGCCAAGUGAAAUACGAAGCUCAUCAGAAAGCUCAUCAUCAAGCCCAUCACAAAGCCCACAACGAAGCUCAUCACGAGCCGGGCCACCAAGCGAAAUAAGCUCUUCACCAGCCCGACCGCCAAGCGUAAUUCGAAGAUCAUCACGAACCCUACCACCAAGUGAAAUACGAAGGUCAUCAGAAAGCUCAUCAUCAAGCCCAUCGCCAAGCCCACCACGAAGCUCAUCACGAGCCGGACCACCAAGCGAAAUAAGCUCUUUACCAGCCCGAAAACCAAGCGUAAUUCGAAGAUCAUCAAGAGGUGGACCGCCAAACGAAAUUCCAAACUCAUCACCAAGCUUGUCAUCAAGCCUAUCAGGAAGCUCAUCACGAGGUGGACCGCCAAGCGAAAUCAGAACCUAUUCAUCAGACCUGUCGCGAAGCCCACAACAUAAAAAGGGCUUCUUCUCCUGUUGCUAUAAACCAUAAUGAGGACCACCUCAAAGAGACCUUUGUGCAACCAGACCAACCCAAUAGUUAAUUAGGCUCAUCGCGUAAUUUACUAAAUCUAUUAAAAUUACAAUACACAUAUAAAAAAAAAUUGCCGAAAGAUAACUGAAAAUAAUUCAUCCUGUGCAACAUGGUACUUCUAAGGAGCCCAGGAAGUCAACUCACGCAAAUUGUAGAGAUAAUAAAUAAACAAUACGAACAUAACAUAUAUAUGUAA